GCCGGCCUGACUAGUUCAAAGUCAGCUUUGAGGCCAGGACAGAAAAAGGCCAGGUUCGCCAGCGAUUGUACUAUUUUGGUGAUAGUAUUUUGGCGCCUGUGCUAGAAUGAUGAUACCCCUUAUACGUUGCUUGAACGAAAACCGGUAGCGGUCCGCUAGCAGCCGUUCGCUCCCGAUUGCCAGGUAGUUACCGGUAGAUGUGAGAUAACACCAUGCAUUCUUUCGUCUGAAUGGAGCCUUGCUCUUUGUGUUGUGUCUCAAAGCGGUAUCAUAGGUAGCAGCGAGAGGCAUCUCUUUUUGUUACUCUGCUUGGAUUCCAAGCUAGCUAGCAAGGUAACUUGGUGCUGGUUGCAUCCGUUCAUUCACAAAAAGUGCAUCGUGCUGAAGCUCGAUCAUCAACACACGGAAGCAUUAGAAAUACCUCAAAAUGAUGCAAUUAAGACCGCUCCUUUCGCUGCUUUUGGUGCCUGUCGUCGCGGCACAUGGCAACCUUCGUUCUCCAGAACGACGUAACCUCCAAUCCAUUUCCCUGGCAUCCAACCAGAUCGCCUUCAACUGUCAGUAUGACAUGCAACUCUCUGACAAUGGCGAGACCAGUGGCGUCUCCUCCUCCCCCGAUGACAACAAUUCAUUCACGACUGCUGCCUACGGCUGGAUCCAGAAUGCCAUCUCGGCCGCCCAAGGGGCACAGUCGACCACUGGAGAGGCCGCUUGGUCGUACGAUUCCAUGGCAAACACAAUCCGAUACACGGUCUUUUACACCCCUGUCCAACACGUCAUGUCUGUGCAGUACAUUGUGGACUUCAACGAACUCGUCGCCCCAACUGACGAAGUUGGUUGGGUCGCCGCCAUGAACAGCAAUCUUGAUACCGGCAACCUGCUCAGCGCUACUUCCGGCAUCAGUGGAAUCUUCCGUUUCUUGUCCUCUGUGGAAAACGUUCAAUGCGAACACGUUGCCGCUUCGGCCGGGUCUCGUAUUGUCUUUGAGGAAGCCUACGUCUUGCCAUUCCGUCUGAACUGGGCCUUCAACACCUCCAACCAGCUUGCUCCUCCCGGAGAAUUCCAGGCUGCCGUCAACGCCACCGAGAAGUGGAUCGCCGAGAACUGGGAGAACACGUACGGAGUCAUGACCACCUGGAGGAACCGCAAUGAACUCCAGAACGUGGACAUCUUCCAACGAUACACUGCCUUUUCUCAAAGCAGUGCAGAAAGUGGCCUCAAUCGUUACCAGCAACAGUUGGGCCUCUACGUCCAACUUGUGGUGGGUGCCAACAACAUCACCGAUGUCCCCACGGUCUCUUCCUACUUGGAGACCUUGCAACUGACGUACCCUCUCGGAGACUUUGUCACCGAACUGAACAAUUUCAUGAACGAGUACUUGCAACCCGGUAUUCGCAUCUUGCCCGGAACUCAGCAGUCGUACGCUGUGAUCCCUACCUUUGAAGUGAGCAACAUUAACGAUUCUGGAUCUCGUACCGGACCCGCCGACGAUGUCUUUUACACCGACUACGCCUCCGUGUCGGUGGAUCUGAACCAGGCUGCUCUUGACGCGGCUCGUGCAAACGCCGGAUACGGAGCCGGCAAUGGCGUUGGAGUCGGCAAUGGCGUUUAAGCGUGCGAGUGAAUGUAUAGGUUGCACGACGGAACAUGCAAAAAAGGCGUGGCGGCAACUCGGUUAACUAACACACAAGAAGGAAGAGCACACUGGCUGCAAUGUCUUUUUCUCUCUCUUUACAUAUGUUCUUCUACACUACAUGAUAAUCAUAUUUAAAAGAUCUUGAAACUAUCCUUGUCUAGGCACAGUCUGAGCUAGCCACAGAGGAGACGAGGUGCGGUUGGGUUCCCUGUGCUUGAUUGUGUACCUGGGCUUGACGCCGAACCUUAGCUACCAGUAGCAGUUAGGCACGCCGACAACGUCCCAUA